UAGUUAAACUUAAAAUUAUUAGGCGGUUCGUGAAUGCCGUUUGAAGUGUGUGUUGGAAAAGUUAAAUAAAAUACAUUUUUAUGACAGAUGUGGAAACACUGAGGAAGUUUGAGUAACUGUGGGAGGAGUUGCGUAAAAUAACAACAACAGAUCUAUAAACGCUCUAUUCAGUUCUAACCAUAAUUAACCGCGAGGUACAUGUAAUCUACAAAUCUGUAGUGCGCUUGUUUUACUCAGCUCGACGUCCUUCUGAAUGUUUUUGCGCGUCGCGCGACCCCGCAGUUCCCUUGUCCUCUACAUGGACUUCAUGUUGUUGUCUCACCCACCACCUGUGGCGUAGGCAUGGACAGUUUUUCCGUAGCUGCGGGGCCAUUGGUGCUGCUCUAGGGUUUCCGUAUGGCCGGAGCAUGUUGCAAGAGUACCGCGUCUCUAUCUGCUUUCAAGCGCUCGCUGUCAGUGGCACCGCGGGGCAGCGGGUCCGCCCCACGGUCCAUGCAGCAGGGCUGGAGGGUCGGGGAGCGCGGCCUGCAGGAGGCCGUCCGACCCACCAGUAGCGUCAGACCUGCCAGCUUUUAUCGACACACGGCUUUCUCCUGUCUGUCCUACCAGGAGUCCAUGAGCGAGAGUCUUCGGACCUGCUACCAGUACCUGAACCAGACCAGUCGGAGCUUUGCAGCCGUGAUUCAGGCGCUGGACGGAGAGCUGAGACAUGCGGUGUGUAUCUUCUACCUGGUUCUGCGAGCCCUGGACACAGUGGAGGAUGACAUGAGUAUCCCUCUGGACAGGAAGGUUCCCAUGCUGAAUGACUUCCACACAUAUCUGUACCAGGAUGAGUGGUGCUUCACUGAGAGCCAGGAGAAGGACCGGAAGGUUCUGGAAGACUUCCCUACGAUAUCGCUGGAGUUUAGAAACCUUGCCCGGGAAUAUAGAGACGUCAUCUCAGACAUCUGCCACCGUAUGGGAGUGGGAAUGGCAGAAUUCCUGGAGAAGAAAGUGGGAUCCAUGAAGGAGUGGGACCAGUAUUGCCAUUACGUUGCCGGGCUAGUGGGCAUUGGUCUGUCCCAGCUUUUUUCCGCAUCCCAGCUGGAAGACCCUGAGGUGGGACAGGACACGGCAUUGGCCAACUCCAUGGGCCUGUUCCUCCAGAAGACCAAUAUCAUCCGGGAUUAUCUAGAGGACACACAGCAGGGACGUGCCUUCUGGCCCAAAGAGGCCUGGAGUCAGUUUGCAGGUCGUCUUGAGGACCUGGCUCAUCCAGAUAAACUGGAGUUGGCUCUGUCCUGUCUCAACCUGCUGGUCACCGAUGCCCUGCGACACGUCCCUGAUGUCAUCGCCUACUUGUCUCGCCUACAGAACCAAAGCGUUUUUAAUUUCUGCGCUAUUCCACAAGUGAUGGCGAUAGCUACCUUAUCAUCAUGCUACAACAACCCAAUGGUGUUCCAGGGAGUGGUCAAGAUCAGAAAGGGACAGGCUGUCACACUCAUGAUGGAGGCCACCAACAUGAGAGCGGUGCACACUAUCAUCUCCCAGUACAGCCAGGAGAUUCUACAGAAGGUCUCUGUCAGUGACCCGUCACGAGAGAAGACACUGCACACCCUGGCUCUCAUCAGAGAGAAGUCCACGCUGUCCCAGUCCAGUCUCCAGUCCAGGACCCAUCACCUGUCGCCCAUGUACCUGUCUGCUGCCAUGCUGCUGGCCGCUCUCAGCUGGCAGUACCUCAACACUACUGCAGUACAGACGCAGGGCACUGGUGACAUGCAGGGAUAAUUAACCACUUCAGCCUCAUUUCACUGGGAAUAAAACAGACUGAAAGACCCCUCCCCACCCCGGGGGAGCGUGGUCUUCUAUCAGCAGAAGAAGCCGAUGCACAUCAUCAGAAGAUGUUACAGAAUGAUGAACUGUUUAAGAUUAGUUUAUUUAAUAGUGACUGUUGUUGUUUGGAUAUCUGGAUUAUCUCCUCAAAUCUAGAUUAAAUAAUUUACACACAGUUUUGUGUGAUUAUAUUCACCAGCAUAUGAUGGUUUAUUUUAACAGUCAGUAUUUACACUGAUUGUAUUUUUCCCCCCAGUUUCUUUUUUUUUGUUUUUUUUUUCCGACAGAUGGAAAUUAUUUACAAAUAUUUGAAUUUAAAAUUAAAUAUGAACAUUUUUUUUCUCUUGGGGUAAAAUUGUUAAAUUAUGCAAUAAAGGAAAUGUUUUAUAACUGGGAAACAUGGUCACAAGUUAAGCUAUUUUUUAUUUGUCCCAAAAGUUGUGUUUUCUUUAAAAGCAACAUUUGAAAAACUGUGUCAACACCAUUUGUCUUUGUGUCUGAGCUCCUUGGAUGUGAGGAAAAUCCUGGGAGUCGUCUGUGUUCAGUCGAUCUUUGUACUUUUCCUGUAAGAGAAACAAACUGAGUGAAUAUCAAAAAUAUAUUUUUACUAGACAGUGAGUGUCACUGGGAAUCAUGGGAAAUAAAGUGAUACACUGAUAAAUGUCUGUUAGCUUAAGUGUCCUUAAAACUGCUUUGGUGAGAGCAAAUGUUAGCAAAUAUAUUUGAUGAAAUAAAGAGGUGAGAUACGGUGAAUCUUG